GUCCACGUCUGGUGCUAAUCUUACUAUCGACGUCCAAAAAAGAUGUCCUUCGGUAUCUCCAUGGGUGACUUUAUUGCUGGAGCGAAGCUCGCUUGGGACCUCUACCAUAAAUGCUUCCUGGUAGCUCCUCCCCGUCCCUUCAAUCGUUAAGCCGCGUUGUAAGUUAAUGCGGGAAAAAAAAAUACUCCUCACAGGUGGCGAAAGAUGCCCCGAACGAGUUUCUCGAGUUGAUGCGAGAACUUAGCUCCCUUCGCGGAGUCCUUAAGUGCAUCGAGGAUGAGAUCAGCACCCGGCGAAUAGACGAGCCCCGGCAACUUGCAAUCAAGAGAACAAUGGACGGCACAACGCAUACGCUUCGGAGACUUGAGUCCCUAGUGCUCAAGUAUAGAAAACUAGGGUUUAGUGAUGGGCUGCAUUUUUGGAAGAGGAUAGGAUGGGUUAGAGAACAGCGGGAUAUAGAGGGAUUCAGAGUAAGGAUCAUGAUCUAUGCUUGCACUUUGAAUCUUUGUGUUAGUUCUGUUGGGGAGUAAGUGUUCGCCGUUAUCGAUAGUGACUGUUGGCGGGAUGGGUUACUUAUAAGGUCCUACAGAUCGACAAUUAGUACGAUAGAAAGGGAUUUUAAACAAGCCCUUCAACAGCAGAGCCUGUCCAACUUGGAUAGUGUCCUUCCAUUGGGCUUUGUGGAGAAUUCGCGAAGAGAGAGCCAAGCAUCCCGCUUCACAGACCAGAGCAGUCUCUCCCAACGAGAAGGCAAUGAAUCCCCAACCACCAGCCCACCAGCCUCGGAGUACCUCGGCCCCCCAGCCAGCGUACGCCCCACUAGCCCGAUGGGAUCUGUGAACUCCACAGCCACAGACCUCAUAGACUUUAGUAUGGAUAUGGACCCGGACAGCUCCUCUGCGAGUGUACUAGAUGUGCUCGCUCGCGCGAGCGAUCUACUUUCCAACUGCUCUGAGCGGGGGUCCGUCCUGCGACCGCCCGUGACGCUAGAUUGGGACCCGCCGAGUCUGGGAAAUCUUGUUUCUGACGCCGCGCAUAAGAGGUUCUUGACGAAUGCCGGGAGGGCGACUGGAGAUCGGCGGAUUCCGGUCGAAGACCUGUUGAGGACGGGCACUUGGUGGGUUUUAAAGGUACGUGACAUGCAUCUUGAGAGAAGGCUUUUGCACCGUCCUAAAAUUUAGUCGCUGCAGUCAAGAAACACUGCCCGCCUCCAAGACAACUCAAUUCCAAAUGCAAGCACUGCAUCUUCCAUUGACCCCAAUUCUGGCCUUUACCAGGCGUAUUUUGAUCUCAUGAAAGCCUCCUGGCUCCUGUACAAUUACCUCCUCUCGGACCCGGAUAAUACCGUCAAUAUGUCGGACGAGGAUAUUAAAUCCUUCACUACCUUGCAAGAUGUAAUUAACCCCCCUUCUGGGCAUCUUUCGCUGACGCAAAACCCUCAAGGCGGUUGACGAAGACUUUGAAAAUUUCCGCCGAAUAGGUCUCUCUUCCGACGACAUUGAAGAUAUGAAGCUGAACGACAAAAUUUGGGAGGCCAAACAGCCAAGAGAAGUCGCCUCCGAUGAACGAGAAAGGAAUCCACUACUGGAUCCAGGAAGGUGGCUUACCAUAGAAGAGAACCAUGCGGGUAGCGAUAGUGAGGAGAGCCAUCUGCGAAUGCAUGUACAUGCAGGCUCUAGUUUAUUUGGUAUCUGCGGUAUGGUGGCUGACUGGGUUUGUUUAUUUUAUUUAGCUUCGUUAACGCGGAACUCGGCAACAAGCGGGUCAGAAUGAAAACCAGGGACGCGCGCUACAUGCUAAUCCUUUGGACGAAGGACGGGCAAAGCGAGCUAAAGAUUACGCUGUGUAAUCAGAGUGGAACAUUGAGGAUCUCAAGAGAUAGUAUGUCGCUCCCCCCCCUGCUCGGAUGCCCUGUGAUAUUCGGGGCGGCGCUGACAGCAACCAGUCACACUGGAGGAUAUUAGACCUUUCCGGAGGGUGAACGAGGGAUCGAAUGUACCGCCUGCCGUGGAUAUUGAAUUCCCGGAGAUGGAGACCACGAUCCACUUCCUACACAUUAGCGGUAAGCUCUGCACAGUGGGCGACGGCGCCCCCUUCACCCGAAAGGCAAUGUUAGGAGUUAGAAGUCGGAACUCUAGGCAAAUAUUUGAGAGGCAGGAAGUUCGCCAUUGUGUGCUCUUUGAUUGCCCCCGGUAUUACCCUGGGAAUAUGCGCCAGGGUUCUGGAUUUCCGACUUCUAACUUUCAUUUAUGCAUGCGGGCCCAUCACUAUCGCGGGAAAGAAUCGUGCUCACUUAGAUACCAAUUUUAGACUUCCGCACCUUCGUUGGGAUACCAACACGCUUCUUCGAUGCAGUUCAAGAACGCAAUCCUACCUCCGGUAACGAAACCGAGAUAUACCGACGGUAUCACCCCUACUCAUUCCACCAAGACCUACUCCUAACGUUCCUUAUUGUUAGUGACCUUCACCACCUCGAAUUGCUCCACCCAAACACGAAUAGGCCCAUAACCCCCGGCAAAGCUUUCCACUCGGUUGAUCUGCGUGUCUACGAGACCGCCGGAGAAGAGGGUUGGAUGACUACUCGCCGCCUAGUCCUUAGUAGCUCUGCCAGCGCGGCACAACCCUGGUGUAAAAGCUAUUUCUUGCCGCUAAGCGGGGUGCGGAUGAGGAGCGACGGACCACAGAAGUUAACUGUCAGGUGGUCCGACUGUGGGCACAGGGUUUCGGCUUCGAACGGGGCGUUUAAUGAAGUCGUCUCUUACGUCUAUGAUGAGGAGAAGCCAAAUAUAUGUCUGGGGUUGGGGUUUGGAUCUGUUGAUGGUAAGUGUUCACCUUCGUAAGGCCUGUCGUUGCCCGGAGGCUAAACAUCUAAACAGAUGCCAAUUGUUUUGAGGAGGUGGUUUCAAAGUUGUCCUUGAGAGAGAAGUAUCGAUGGGACUCUACACAGGAAUGCCGUUACAUCUAUUCCAUCCGAAACACAGCCAACGGUGCAGAAAGAUUCAAAGGAUUGCUUAUCAGGCACCGCGGCUCAGAGUGGAGGUAUUCUGAAGCAUUCUACCGUAUGUUCCCCUUGUUUCAAAUAUUUUUUGGAGUGGCGGUACCCAAAACGGGAAGCUCGAAAUUGGAAGUCAGAACUGUUGGUAAAUGCAUGAGGGGGUGGAUACUACUUCACGGAUAGGAGGUUAUUGUGAUUGCGUAUCCAUUUCUUUCUCUCGCGUUGGGCAUAGCUACCAUAGCUUCUGAUUUCUAACUUCUAACUUUCAUUUAUGCGCGGGGGUGCCGUCGCUCUAUUCCUCCCUUUUUCUCUUGCUAAGUCGCCUGAAGUGCCCCGGGACCUGGACUUUGAGCUCAAGAACAACGGCCCCAGGCUUCGGCUUUUGAAAGCGUACUACGCGAAUUACAUUUCGGACCAUGUUGAACGAUUAUACGACUUAGAGCCAGGGAAGCAACCCAAGUUUUCGCACUGUGAAAAGAAGGUUGAUUCUGUCAACCUAUGCUUUGGAUCUAUAGAUGGUAUGCCACCGUAUUUGUGCCAUCCCUCUUUCCUGGGACCUUAAUGGAUCAGCUAACACCUCGUAGAUGCGCAAAGCCUCCUCCGCCAUAUAACGGAUAGAUGGGAACUAACGUUUGCCCGGUAUCCCCCCCUAAUUCGUUUCCUCCCCUUCAGUGUGCUGACGACUAUUAGCCAAAUCGCCCGCGUAUCCCACAAGCCAACGAACCAAAAAUCCUUCUUCCGCGUUGCCGGCUCCUCCGGCUUUGGCCCAGCGGAUCUCUCCCUGUGGAAAAAAGGCAACGUCCACCGCUUAGUCAUCCGCCGAUGUCCACCCCACUCUUCCUCCGCGGAGCUGUACCUGACAGCCCUUCUGCAUAAGGAUUUCGAUCACGAUUCUGAAAAGUUGGUAGUACAGAAGAAUGUGGAGAUAGCGAGGGGCGUGUUGCUGGACAUCGCCACUAUGGAGGCAGUGGGUGGGAAGAAAGGGGGCGGGGCUGCUGGGGGUGGAGGGGGUGGGUGGGUGAAAGCGAGUCAGACUUUAACGAUUGAGUUUGGGACGGUUCGAGGUUGGUUUUUUGCCCUUUGAGUGGAAGGUUUGUUCUUUGGCUAACGUGGGGGGCACGACAGAGAGGGAGUUGCUCGCAGAGGCGUUGGAGCCGAGUUUGCUCUAA